CCUCAGCGAUUAAAUUCCAUCAAAAUAUAUAAGUUGUAUUUAUAAAUAUAAGUUAGUUGUGCACUAUGGCGGGCCCUGGCCAAACCGACGAUUUGGCAAAGUUACCAAGACUAGACUCUCAAGUUAUUCUUCAAGAGUUGAAACAUCGUUAUUCGCAAGAUAAGAUUUAUACCUAUGUUGGCGAUAUUUUAAUUGCUGUCAACCCWUUCAAGAGUUUGGAUAUCUACGGCAAAAAUGCUUCAAGCAAGUACAAAGAAGCAGRCAAGUCUUCGGCACCACCUCACAUCUAUGCUGUUGCAAAUUCUGCAUAUCAAGCUAUGCUUGGGAAGGGUGGUGUUAAACCUAACCACCAAUGCUGUGUUAUCAGUGGAGAAAGUGGAGCAGGCAAGACAGAAUCAGCAAAGUUUAUCAUCAACCAAGUGAUAGAAUUAUCACAUGGUGACUCUCAACUUGAACAGCAGAUUCUUCAGGUGAACCCACUGCUAGAGGCUUUUGGUAARGCYCAGACUUUGAUGAAUGAUAACUCCAGCAGGUUUGGCAAAUAUAUCCAGCUGAAAUUUCUAAAUGGUGGAGUUAUUGGUGCAAAGAUCUCAGAAUAUCUCUUGGAAAAAUCAAGAAUUGCUCUUCAAAAUGUUGGUGAACAAAACUUCCACAUCUUUUACUACAUUUUUGCUGGCUUAUCUCAAGAAGACCAAAACAUUUAUGGCUUAGGUUCGCCUAAAAACUACAGCUACCUUAGCAAUGGAUAUGACAGCAAGAACARGAAGAAAAAUAAAGAGAUGUUCAACAAGCUAAUGAAUGCUAUUGAUCUUGUUGGUUUCCUUGAGGAGGAGCAAAUCAAUAUGUUCUUGCUUCUUUCCUUGGUUCUGAACAUGGGUAACUUAGAAAUUGGUGUUGAUGAUGAAGACAAUGCUGUUGUUAAUGAUCAAGAUACCUUGAAUAUCGUUGCAAAACUUCUUGGUACAGAUGCAGAGAAAUUGAGGAGUGUGAUAACCACUACAUCUACCACCACAAAGGGAAGUGUCAUCAAACGACGGCUAAAAAGACAUCAAGCAUUAGAUGUACGAGAUGCAACUGCAAAAGCUCUUUAUGGACGACUAUUCAGUUGGAUUGUUAACAAAAURAAUCGUUUACUUGCCCCACCAGCUAUGGCAAGAGGAGAGAAUGUCAUGGAAAUAGGAAUUCUUGACAUUUUUGGAUUUGAACARUUUGAGAACAACAGCUUUGAACAAGCAUGCAUCAAUUUGGCCAAUGAGCAACUGCAGUUCUUCUUCAAUCAGCAUAUUUUUAUGUGGGAACAAGAAGAGUACAAGAAAGAAUGCAUUGACUGGACAACCAUCACUUUUGAAGACAACAAACCAGUUUUGGAUCUGUUCUUAGAAAAACCUAUUGGYUUGCUUGCURUGUUGGAUGAAGAAAGUCACUUCCCUCAGAGUACAGACCAGUCCUUUGUACAGAAGCUUGUCAAGAAUUGRGGAAAGAGCAAACAUUUGGUGACAUCCCGUCAAUCUCAGCUUAGCAAGUUUACCAUCAUUCACUAUGCAGGAAAGGUGGAAUAUGAUAGCUAUGGAUUCCUGGAAAAGAAUCGRGAUACUCUACCACAAGGAGUUACAGAGGCUCUAGAGAAGAGUGGUAAUGAGCUUAUUAGCACCAUUUUUACAGCGACCAUCUCAAGGACCGGUACUCUAGCUCUAGGCAAGAUGGGUGCCGAUGCAAGAAUGAGAAAAAGUCGCGUCAGCAAGCCAGCAAGACAACUGAAGUCAAAUACCAAGAAAGGGACAGUCAGUAGUCAGUUUAGGACAUCUUUGACUGUUCUGAUGGAGAAACUAACUGCUGCCAGUCCACACUUCAUUCGAUGCAUCAAACCCAAUCAUAUGAAGGUAUCCGGUAAUUUUGACAGUCAGUACGUUGAAGACCAGUUGAAAUACACAGGAGUUCUUGAAACAACGCGAAUUCGCCGUGAAGGGUAUCCAGUUAGACCAACGUUUGAGGAAUUUGUAGACAGCUACAAGUUGAUCGUUUAUGAUCCAUUCCUGAAGCCCAGCGAGUCAAGCUGCAGGAGAAUCCUGAAAAAGUCCAAGUUGAAUGACUGGCACAUUGGAAAAACCAAAGUGUUCUUGAAGUAUUGGCACGCAGAGGAAUUAGUGAAAAAACUGGGCGAAGUUCARCGAUCUGUGAUCAAAAUGCAAAAAGUCGUACGUGGGUUCCUGAUUCGUCGUCGCAAGAAGCGCCUUGUCAAAACAGCAGAGGAACACAACUUGAAAGCCAAAGACUGRCUCCAAUUAAUCCAGCUCUCAAAUUCAGACAUUAACAAAGGCAUCGAGGCWUUGAAGGAAAAGAGAAGGAUUGAAUUGAUUGUUGAAAAAAGUAAAACAAGGUACGCAUCAUUGGAAUUUGGACAGGGCAACCAAACUUCAACGGGAACUGGAACACAGACCUUCUCGACCAUUGACGAUGUUCGGUUUGUGGAUCAAGGAGUCGGUGACUUUGAUCUUGGUGAAGACGAGUUUGUACGCGAACCAGAUGCAAAUAAAGUGAAAUUUGGCGCCGUCGCCACAAAGGAAACUGCUGUGCAGUGGUACCAAGAAACGCAGGCUCCAAAGGGCGCUGGGAUGGAAACACACGGUGUKUUUCACGAUUGGUUCCAUGGGGUUAUAUCAAGAAGGCGGUCGGAGAUGCUUUUGACCAAGAAACCAGUUGGUUGCUUUCUCGUCCGAGUCAGUGAAAGUCGUUUUGGAUARACCUUAAGCUACCGUGUCGUCAACCGAUGCAAACAUUACAUGAUUGACCAGACACGAUCUGGUAAAUACGUUAUUGUAGGACUUCCUAAAGUAUUCAAAUCACUCAAUGAACUCGUCGAAUACCAUCAAGAGGUACGAAGUUUUUGAUAUAAAA